GAAACAGCUUCCGAUCAAGGAAGACUAAACAACUAAACGGCUAGACGACUACCUUGGUGAUAUAAAACCUUACCUGGGUAGAACUAUUGCAUAUCUAUCAGGGUAACUGGAUUGUCUUGCUAAGGAAAGCUAAUUAUGGAUUUUGCUUUUCCUCAGAUCAUCCUUCAAGGAAAUUACCGCCAAUGAGCGCGGUUAACACCAAGUCCCAUAUAUCGAAGAAUCGUCGACAACGUGAUCAAGGAUCCCAGCCACCACCCUCACCAAUACCCCAAAGCCAAACUCAACGACAGCAACAGCGGCAGCGACCCACCUCAAAGUCUAAGAAGCGAAAAUUAACCCAUGCCACCUCUAAAGCCGAAACCGAAGGCGAGAAUAAAGAAGAAUAUAACGAUUGGUUCGCCAUUCGAGGUAUCAUUAACGAGAAGGUUGAGCACGGAAAGAUCUAUUACUUGGUAGAUUGGGAAGGCACUGAUGACAACGGUCGACCGCAUAUACCAUCUUGGGAACCGGAAGAUAACGUCUCAAUUGUUGCAAUAAGUGCCUGGGAGAAGAGUAGGACCGGAGCUAAGCACAAACAGAAUACAUCUGAUGUAGCUGUUAGCAACACGACUCACUCUACGCAAACAUCUUAUACGGGGCAGAGAGAGCUAUUACAGGUUCCCGUUCGACCAGAUCGUGAAAAUCUGGUUGGGGACAGGACCGUGUUCAGUCAAAUACAGGAGCUUACGUUUGGUGAGGAAGCUGCACGUAACCAGCAGUUAACCGAAGUCAAAACGACACACUCCAAAAGUGCAGAGCACGGAAUAGAAGCUCGGGUUCCAUUAGAGGUACUCAGUAGGCGAAACAACAUCGACCUAGGCAAGGGCACUCUACGGAGCAUUCAAGAACCCCAGAAAACUCAGAAAGCUCAGAAGGUUGUUGAGUUGGUUCGGGAUCCCUUGUUUGGUCCCAAUCAAUACUGCACAUUGUCGUCACAAGGAUCAAGCGGCCAGCAACAAGGCCACGACCCAGAAACUAAGAGAGACGUGAAUCAAGUUAUACCAGAUUCUCAAGCUUUCUCUGGCGCAUCAAUUACUGAGACGCAAAGCAGCAUUUUUACCCCCCUGGAUUCAUUUGGAACGAAUCAAGCUCAGGGAGAAGCUUUCGCCUCAUCACGGCAAAGUUCAGAAAACCAUCAACUUAAAUCACAUUCUCACUCGAUAGAGAUCCCUUCGCAUCAAGUUGAUUAUCGUUUCCCUGGCAUUCGGGAAAACUUAUCAGGCUCCGCUUUAGUGAAUGAGUCUAGCUUAGGUUUUGCUACGUCUAAUAAUUCUCAAGGCACAGCCAGUAGAGGCCAUUCAAGUUUCUUAGCACGGGUAAACUUGAGCCUCGACAGUGUUCCUUCCACAGGUCAACCAAAUAACUGCGCAUCUAUUCAUCAACGCGAAUCGCCCUCGGAUGAACAUAUCUCUGUGACGAGCGUGAGCCAAGACCAGAUAUUUGCGCAUAGUUUUAGUACAGCGUCCCAGCAAAGCAGUUUUCAGGCAGCACAGGUUGUUGUUCCUCUCAGUAGCCAACAAGGUGGGCUCGUAACGCGCAGCCACUCUUACUUCACAGUUUACGACGACGACGUAGUCAUACCUGAUACUUUAUUGAGAAACUCUCAAGCUCAGUGCGACUCUCAGGACUCGAGUCAGGGUCUAGGUGAAUUAGACGACAGUAUUAGGAAUAUAUCGUCUUUCAAAGAUCACCAAUCUAAUCCACAGCCUAUACCAAGCUACAUAGAGUUAUUACAGAGCAAUCUAAAUAAACCGACCAACAGCGUCGGUGAGGAGGAAUCGUCAGUCGGGCAACCGAACCUAGCGAAUUCGGGACAUUCUAGCAACUUAAACCGUACGCCACGGCAUCAAGCCGCAACCACCAAUAUGGAUAGCGCUGAGCCUGGCACCCAACUGUCGGCUCGUGAGAGGUUAAGAUUAAUCAGAGAAAAAAGUUUUGCUUCUCUACAAAAACCUUCCACAAUCCUCACAACAACUUCAGAAGAUCCGAUUCAAGUUGAGCCUAAAAUAGAUACUCUGGCAGAACCUCAAUCAGCCAUUCCGGAUCCUCAGGCAAUUGAAGUCCCUCCAAGGCCUGACAUCAGUCCCCUCACUCCCCCGCCCAUAAUAUCUACUUUCCCAUCCCAGCCACCAGAAGCAGCUCAGAACGAGUUAACUUCAAAUAUGCAACAACCAGCAGUCCCCGACACCUCGCAGGCGCUCAUCGAACCGGAGAAGCAAGUCGAGCUUAUUUUAGAAGAGGCCGGCCCUGCCGAUGUUGGUUUCGGUGCCAAUGAAGAGCAACCUGGGACCUUAGAUCCAUCUAAUUUGACGCUUUCUAUUGAGAAUGAUGUAGAAAUUAACAAUUUGUUAUCCGCAGAAUAUCAUGCCUACCCUGCAUUCGGCAUGGAGGAAGAAGACGAAUUACCUCCCGCCAACUAUCCGAAGAAUCUCCACCCGUACGUUCCUACCGGACACAAUGAGUUUCUCAUCACGCUUCCAUUCUACAGCAACUGUCGUCCCGUAUAUAACGACGUUCUCCGCGAAAACGAGGGUUUAAUCCGCGAAUACAAUGCCUCGUUUCUAGUUUUGCCACACCUGAAACCCCAUCCCACGAUAAUAUCGAAGGUUGAUGAGAUGUUCUCACGACUUCUCGAUAUUUGUGACCUGCCGCCCUUCAUGGAGACUAUCCCAACUAUGUCGCCCGACGAGAUGACUAAACACGUCGUUGGGACAAAUGCCAAGUUCGCCUUCAUUGAUGAACUACUUACCUGCCUGGCCGAUGUGAAGUCCGAUAAGAAGAUUCUCAUCUUAUCCCGCCCCGGAAAGGCCAUGGACCUCCUCGAUCAAGUUGUAAAAACAAGAGGAUACCGCUACAUCCGAUCUGGUGAUGAAAUUGUUGGUUCUUCAACUGCCCGACACUCUCUGACAGUGGCUAUCUCAUCAACACUCGACAAGCCGUCGUCUAUCCUCGAAGAUGUUGAAGCUGUCAUAGCGUUUGACCAUACGUAUCGGCCAGAGCUACUUCCAUCACCUCUUCGAGAACGGUCUCCUAUCUUAAUGGUUCUGACAAACGCAUGUUCCAUACAACACCUUAACAUGCGCAUCUCAGAGAGUAUCGAACCCCUGGAGCGAAAGAAUGUUCUCGUCCUUGCGCUAGUGAAAGCAAUGCGGUACAUAGAAGACGUUGGCAGUUCUCAGAUCACUCAGCUACAUAGCGCAGCUGAACUAUUCUCAGAUUACAUACAGGAUCAGGAUAAUGAUGACUUUUAUUGGGAACCCUUGGAAGUUCCCGAGAAUGUAUUUGAGGAUCUGCACGCAAGCUCUCAACUCCAAGCAUCGAUUCCCCAGCCUGAUCUACAGGGUCUUGAGAUCGAACAGGCUUCCGGUAACCGCAAGAGAUCUCAUGAUGUAGAUGAAGAUGACGAGACUUCUUCUAAGCGUCCUCGAGUUUCUCAACCUACCGUUGUUACUAAUGUAAGUCAUAUCAGCGAUUCGCUGAAAGGCCUCUUAAGGGACGACGCGGUCGACUCUCCGAAAGCAAUGCUCUCAGUAUCAGUUGGCAAGUUGGAGAUACUGUCAACCAAAAUCGCAACCCUCAAGACUAAACUGAAGGAGAGCAAGCAGCGAGAGCAGCAGCUUCGCCAGCUUAGUGACCGAUCUAAAAAAGAGGUCGAUGGGUACGCUUCGACGAUCAACACCAUACAGGCUAACUACAUGAACGCUCUGAGGGACCGGGGUAUCUUCGAGGACGAUUAUAACAAAGCUAAGGAAGAGACAAGGGUAGUUAAUACUAGUCUAGAGUCUAGCAGGAAAGAAGCCUCUGAGUUGAAGGAGAAAAACACAGAACUUCAGAAGCAGCUAACCUCAGCAAACGAAUCGCUUCUCAGCUCCGCAAAUCCCGAGCUUGCCAAGAUGGCCCAGCUAGAGAAGAGCCUCGAGGAGGCAAAAGCCGAGAUUCAAAAGAUCGAAAAGAGAGCCACUAUGGCUAAGAACGACAUGGAAUACGCGAAGAACGCAUAUCAAAACGCGUCUCAAAGAGCCGGGGAACUAGGAGUGGAGAACCGAGCGCUCGAAGCAGAAAUCGAACUGCUCCGCCGCAAAGCGGACGAGAACAUCGUCAAGGUCAACCAGAUCAACAACGCGCGACAGAUUGAGGAGCUAGUGCGACUUCUCAAUGAGCAGAAGAGCAUCGUGCACGACCGCGAUGCGGAACUGGGCAAAGUGAAGGAUGAGCUCAGGCAACUGAAGGAGAAUAGGCGGGGAACCCGCCAGAACAGCGUCCCGCGUAGUCCGCGUCUGAGCGCGUUCAAUAGCCCUCGGAACGGCGGCGGAAGAGUCAAAGGCGGCUCGAGUAGCAGGGGCACUAGUCCGGCGCCCCCGCCCACGGGCGUGUUUGAGGCUGGCAGCGGGACGCCGGUUGCGGGCAGGGCCUCACAUUUGAGGGAGACGAGAUUCUGAGUCAGGAUGACAUCUCACGGCACCACCCCAUCACGAAUCGCUUACGUCACAGAAAACCGAACGACAGAACAACCGAAUAGAACCUCUUUUCACCCCCUCGGAUCCGCGGUUUUCUUUACGUUUCCUCUCUUCUUUUUUCUUUUCUUUUCUUUGCACGGCAGGUUCCCCGGCGUCAUGGACGCGAAGAGGAUGGUCGCGGUUUGCGGUUGCAUUGCGCCUUGUGUUUUUCGUCAUUUUAUUGCUGUACUAGGUAGAGAGAUUGCAUCGGGGACGGACCUCACGAUUUUUCCGUACCCCCUUUUUACUUUUUUCUUCUUUUCGGUAACGCUUUUUUUUUCUCGAUUUGAGAUGGGGAGAAGAGGUGAAGGGGGUGAAUAUCGAGUUCUACAGGGAGGAGUUAACUGCUUGAGGCUUUAACAAAGCCUCUAGACUGCAGGUAUGGGGUAGAGGGGGUUUCUGAAUGCAUGAUGAUGACGGUGACGGUGAUGGUGAUGGGGUGCGCGAUGAUAGAUUACAUCGAAAGGGAGAGUAGAGGAAGAUACCGAAGGGGAGGUGUAUAUGUACACGAAGAAUUGGCUCGCGAUGAAUACAAUGAGAAUAGCUUCGUAUCGUAGAUGAUUCGUCGUGUUUUUUUAAAGCGGC